UCUUCCGGCAUGGCUGAGCAGAAGCGAACACAGAGUGAGCAGGCGACCAGUGUGCCGGCGAACGGGGGACCGCGAACAGUUGCCGACAUGUCGCCCACCAAGGAGGAUGAUCUUCCCGAACGGGGGAACUGGGUUGGAAAAACUGGACUUUAUUAUGUCAUGCGUCGGUUAUGCCAUCGGCUUAGGAAAUGUCUGGAGGUUUCCAUACCUGUGCUACAAGAACGGAGGAGGUGCUUUUCUAAUACCAUAUCUACUUACAUUGUUCUUAGCUGGAAUUCCAACUUUCUUACUUGAAACAUCUUUAGGCCAAUUCUUAAGCAUAGGAGGGCUUGGAGUGUGGAAAAUAUGUCCCCUAUUCAAAGGCGUAGGUUAUGCAGCGGCAGUAAUGGCUUUUUGGCUAAACACAUACUACAUCGUUGUUCUAUCGUGGGCCCUUUACUAUAUUUUCAAUUCUCUACGGUGGGAUGUCUUAUGGAGGACUUGCGACAACUGGUGGAACACAGAGAGAUGCCAUUCAGAAUAUGACAGCGUCCUCAACUGUACCAAUGGUGUCUGCUCUGGAAAUGCUACACUGCCAGCAAACUACUCAAGUCCAGUCAAAGAAUAUUGGGAACGCAAUGUACUUCAAAUUACACCUGGACUUGGAGAACCUGGCGAAGUGCGAUGGCCGCUGGCUGGAACAUUAGCUCUGGCUUGGAUUCUUUGCUAUUUCUGCAUAUGGAAAGGAGUCAAAUGGACAGGAAGGGUGGUGUAUUUCACAGCUUUGUUUCCAUAUUUAUUACUAUUUAUUCUUCUCAUCAGAGGGGUGACUCUUCCUGGAGCUGGAGACGGCAUUCUCUUCUACAUUUGGCCUAAUAUGAGCAAACUCGGUGAUUCUCAGGUAUGGAUUGAUGCUGCUACGCAAAUCUUUUUCUCUUAUGGUCUCGGUUUAGGAUCGCUGAUUGCCUUAGGAAGCUACAACAAGUACAGCAAUAAUGUGUACAGAGACUCUCUGAUUGUUUCAUGCAUCAACAGUGGUACUUCUAUGUUCGCCGGGUUUGUGAUCUUUUCCGUCGUGGGUUUCAUGGCUCAUGAGCAGAACAAACCCGUCAGCGAAGUAGCUGCCUCAGGUCCUGGCUUGGCUUUCCUGGCAUAUCCUUCUGCAGUGUUGAAGCUCCCUAUAUCUCCUUUGUGGGCUGUGCUGUUUUUCCUCAUGAUAUUAAUGUUAGGUCUUGACAGUCAGUUCUGUACAAUGGAAGGCUUCAUCACAGCUGUUGUAGACGAAUGGCCCCGACUGCUCAGGCCUCAUAAAGAACUGUUCAUUGCUGGAGUUUGUGUUAUAUCAUACAUUAUGGGUCUCUGUUUUGUAACUCAGGGUGGAAUGUACGUGUUUCAACUAUUUGAUUAUUACGCAGCAAGCGGGAUCUCACUAUUGUUUUUAAUAUUUUUUGAAGUUGUGUCGAUCUCCUGGUCUUACGGAGUGAAUCGCUAUUAUGACAAUCUUCGCGACAUGUUAGGCUACUAUCCAUGCUUCUGGUGGAAACUAUGUUGGGUUUUCUUCACACCCUGUGUUUGUGGGGGAGUGUUUUUAUUCAGUAUGGUGCAGUACAAACCUCUCGAUUACAUUGGAUACAUAUAUCCAUGGUGGGGAGAGUUCAUUGGUUGGUUACUUGGUCUGUCAUCCAUGCUUUGUAUACCAGGAUAUGCUUUGUACAAAUAUUUUACAGCUACAGGGACUUUCCGAGAGCGAAUGAAAAAUUUAUGUCGACCGGACAUAAACAUACAAGAAGAAAUCAGGAAGCGAAAGAUUCGUGAAGACGGCAUGAGCUCCGUAACUUCAGUUUAAACAGAUUUUUCUGAACUCUAGCCAUUGUUGCCGAGAGAAGAAUUUUACUCUGCGCAUGCCCGAGCACUUAGUUCAUGUAAAGCAUAAGGUCAACAAAGCCGAACCAUCUGUUCAGAAACCCAAUACGGAAAAAUAAAAAAGAUCGUCGUGGAGUUUUUUCUUCCAAACGAUAGCUGUUGUCGUUCAUCGGAACGGUUCAAUUAAAAAAUUUGGUGUCGCGGAUGUGGUUGUUUUCGGGAAGCAUUCAAUUCUUUCUUUUUUUAUUGACUUUUACUAUAUCUAGUUUCACGAGUCAUCUUGGCACUCAUCUAAGCAGGGAACAAGGCAGCGGGAAAAAUCGUGUCAUUUUACUCUCUCGGGACAAAGUGGUAAUAAGGAAAAAAAAUUUCAUAGUUAUUUCAUGGUUUGGAGUCGAUGUAAAUACGUAUACUCGAACUGCUUCUGUGGACUUUCGUGGCUGAUAGAAAAUAGAGAUGUCACUCAUCCUCUUACAUCGUAGCUAGUACUUUCCAAAGAUUAUCUCAGACUCAUUAAAACUUUUUAUUUUCUAAAUCCAAUCAAAUGUGUUGAUGGAUCUGUAUUUAAGAAAUAAAUAAAUUAUGUAAUUUUUCUUCGUGA